AUGUUCGCCUUGACGGACGAAAUUUCAGUGAGGAUUCAUCGGGGUCUCGGGGCGGUGCGUCGAGGACCUAUUUGUACAAAUCUGCAAUCACAGUUCCGAGGCGAUACCCUUACAGCUUCCGGUGAGGUCAACUUACAAAUCCCUUCCACUCGCCUCUUCAAUCGAAAUGAUAGGUAUUCCAACAUCGACUACUCAUUGAGUUCAACAGAAAGAAGGUUUGAGACUAACGGUAAAUCCCGAAUAAGCGCGUCUUUAAUCAACAUAGUUGAUUAUAAUGGCAAUAUACAAUUUUAUAUAUGA